AUGGCGGGGCAUCAGAGGGAGAAGGAGCGGCUCCUGGACCUGGCCGUCGACUACGGCUUCGACCGUGUUAUUGCCGCCGACUGCCUCGCCCGCAUCGUCAACCUCUACGGAGAGGGUGGCCAAGGUUUUAUUACUGUGGAGAACUGUGGUGAUGAUUUCAUUGCUGCAUUGGCUGAUGCAACACAAGUUACCGAUGACUGGGAUGACCUAAACGCAAUAGAGACCGAAGCUUGUGGCAAUUUGAAUGAAAUGAUGAUGAAGGAUGUAACGAACGAAAAAGGAGGAGUUGUUGGGAAUGCCCCUUUGUUCAAAAGGGCAGAUUCCUCCAGUCAACAGACUCGAAACGCUUUAAAACCUUCGAGCUUUUCCUCGGAUGAUUCAGAUUUUGACAUACUUGAUGAAAAAGACACCCACUGUGAUAAUUCUUUUGGUAUCCAGAAGAAGGCACAAUCCAGUAACUCGAAAGCGCAAACCAGAAGCUCGACAAAAUCUACUGUGACCAAAGGAACCAAGAGACAUGAAUCAGCAACUCCAACUUCAAACAGAGAGAGACAGCCGAAUGCAUAUCAUCAAAAGAGAGAAACUUUGAGCUAUGAACAGUUAUCUUCUCUAGAUGACAUCAAUUUUGCAAAUGCUGUCAUCUUUGGCAAUGAAAGUUUUAGGCCCCUGCAGUAUGAAGCUUGCAGUGCUGCACUGGAUAACAGGGACUGUUUUGUACUUAUGCCAACAGGUGGUGGGAAAAGCUUGUGCUAUCAGCUCCCUGCAACAUUGCACCCGGGCGUUACUCUUGUUGUGUGUCCAUUGUUGUCCCUUAUUCAGGAUCAGGUGGUUGCCUUAACCUUCAGGUUUGGGAUACAAGCAGCAUUCCUGAAUUCUCAGCAAACUUCAUCACAGGCAUCUGCAGUUAUCCAACAGCUUAGAAAUGGCACACCUUCCUUCAAACUUUUAUAUGUCACACCUGAAAGAUUGGCUGGAAACUAUUCCUUUAUGGAGAUGCUCAGAGGCUUACACCAGAGGGGAUUGCUAGCGAGGUUUGUGAUUGAUGAAGCACAUUGUGUAAGUCAAUGGGGACAUGACUUCCGUCCAGACUACCGAGGCCUAGGAUGCCUCAAACAGCACUUCCCUAGAGUCCCUAUCAUGGCUUUAACUGCGACAGCAACUGAAGCUGUCUGUAAGGAUGUCCUCAGUUCCUUGAGGAUCCCAAACGCUUUGGUACUUACAAGAAGCUUUGACAGACUCAACCUCAACUACACGGUCAUUGGUAAGACAAGAACCCCCCAGGUGCAGCUGGGUGAGCUCCUGAAAGACCGUUUCAUGAACAUGUCUGGUAUUGUGUACUGUCUCUCGAAGAAUGAAUGUGCGGACACUGCCAAGUUUUUGAGGGAGAAGUACAAGAUAAAAUGUGCUCAUUACCAUGCUGGCUUGGCGGCUCGUCAACGAACCAGUGUCCAAGAAAAGUGGCACAAAGGGGAGGUCAAAGUCAUAUGUGCUACCAUAGCCUUCGGCAUGGGGAUUGACAAGCCUGACGUGCGCUUUGUUGUACACAACACCCUGUCGAAAUCGAUAGAGAGUUACUAUCAGGAAUCUGGGAGGGCUGGAAGAGACGAUCUUCCAGCGCAUUGUGUGGUGCUCUAUCAGAAGAAAGACUUCAGCCGUAUCGUGUGCAUGCUGAGGAGUGGAGGUAACGCCAGGAGCGAAACCUUCAAGGCUGCCAUGGUUCAGGCAAAGAAAAUGCAGGCAUAUUGCGAGCUGAAGACUGAAUGUCGCAGGCAGACUCUUCUGGGUCAUUUUGGUGAGCAGUACAACAGGCAAAGGUGCAAAGAUGGCCCUAGCCCCUGUGAUAACUGCCUGAAGGAAGCUUCUUGAGGGUCUUCAACAUUCUACAGUGCGCACUAACAAAGUGUUGAUCUUAACUCCAUGAUGGCUUGGGUACUUAGUUGUAUUCCUGCAGAUCCACUACAAACUUUCAGAUACACACCAUCUCUGUACUUAAUAUUUAGGUCGUACGGUCGAAACAAAAAAAGGAGUUAUGUUGCACAUAUUGUAGGAUGCUCGACAUUUUGC